ACCAACACAAGUGUUAUUAUAAAGCACAUAUCAACAAGCCCAAAGUUAGAUAAAGAAGGAGAAAAUGGCAAAGGCCAUGAAAUCUGUUUCCAUCUUCGUUGUCUUUUUCAUCUUCUUCUUGGUAAUUUCCGACGUACCAGAGAUAGAAGCUCAGGGUAGCGAGUGCUUGAAAGAAUACGGUGGUGAUGUUGGUUUUGGGUUUUGCGCCCCUCGGAUAUUUCCGACGAUUUGUUAUACAAGAUGCCGUGCGAACAAAGGAGCUAAAGGUGGAAGAUGCCGUUGGGGAGAAGGCAUUAAUAAUGUUAAGUGCUUAUGCGACUAUUGCGAUGAUACUCCCCGAUAAGAUCUAAAGUCUUAGCUAAUUAAUGGAUGCACAAUGACUACAAACACAUACAUAUCCGUCGUAUGUUUGAAUGUUUUGUUAUGUUUUUCCACAAGUGUUUUAGUAAUGUAUUGUAUAAUAACUGGAUAUGAAUGGUCCUUGUGAUAAUACAAUAAUACAUCUGAAAUAAAAAAAAUAAUGAAAAGUACGACUUUUGUUUCUGCGACUA